AUGGCCGACCAAUCGGCCUUGGUGGCUACGGCUGCCAUCGUCAGAAGCCUCGCAGCGGAUGCAAAUGCUACAGGGCUGACAAACCGGAUCGGCGGCAUCGACAAGCCGGUGCAGCUCCCGGGCCCAGAGACAAAAGAGAAGAUCGCCCUGGAGCGAGAACUUGCCGCGCUCGUCCUCAGGAUACACAACCUCGAGACGAGAGCACAGGCGCCCGGUACCACCACCUUUCCAGACACCCCGAACGAGACCACUGAUUCGGUGUUUGGAGAUGAAGCUGUUUCCUCAUCCCCAGGCCUUGGUCGCGACACGGCCAAGCCGAGACCUAUCAGCAUCAGCCGCAAUGGCAGCGCUGCCGACCAUCCCGUCCUCAAGGCCGGAGUGCCUCUAUCCGAUGAAGCCCUCGAGGGUCUGCGCGAACACGUCGACGACCAGAGUAAGCUGCUGGACAGCCAGCGACAGGAGCUUCUGGGCGUUAAGGCACAGCUUCUCCAACAGGAGCAGCUGCAGGAAAAGGCACUGGCGAUCAUGGAACAGGAGCGCGUUGCCACCCUCGAGAGGGAGCUCUGGAAACAUCAGAAGGCCAACGAGGCCUUCCAGAAGGCCCUGAGAGAGAUUGGUGAUAUCCUGACGGCCGUUGCCCGCGGAGAUCUUUCCAAGAGAGUACGGCUCAACAACGUUGAAAUGGACCCCGAGAUUACGACAUUUAAACGCACCAUCAACACCAUGAUGGAUCAGCUUGGUGAUUUCUCCUCUGAAGUGUCUCGAGUGGCCAGAGAGGUCGGCACUGAGGGUAUCCUUGGUGGUCAGGCUCAGAUCGAAGGUGUUGAUGGAAUUUGGAAGGAGCUGACUGACAACGUCAACAUUAUGGCACAAAACCUCACAGACCAAGUGCGUGAAAUUGCAACUGUCACAACCAGUGUCGCACACGGAGACCUCACAAAGAAGAUUGAAAGACCUGCAAGGGGUGAAAUUUUCCAGCUUCAACAAACGAUCAACACCAUGGUGGACCAGCUGCGCACUUUUGCCUCGGAGGUUACCAGGGUAGCCAAGGAUGUCGGUACGGAGGGCAAGCUCGGCGGACAAGCCGAUGUCAACGGCGUCAAGGGCAUGUGGAACGACUUAACCGUCAACGUCAACGCCAUGGCCGAUAAUCUUACUACCCAAGUGCGAGACAUCAUCAAGGUUACUACUGCCAUUGCCAAGGGAGAUCUCACUCAGAAGAUCGAGGCCCAGUGCAAGGGCGAGAUCUUUGAGCUCAAGAACACAAUCAACUCUAUGGUUGAGCAGCUCCAGCAGUUUGCCCGCGAGGUCACCAAGAUCGCCAAAGAAGUCGGAACUGAGGGACGCCUCGGGGGCCAGGCUACGGUCCACGAUGUGGAGGGCACGUGGAAAGAUCUGACUCAAAACGUCAAUGGCAUGGCCAUGAACCUCACUACACAAGUGAGAGAGAUCGCCAAUGUCACAACAGCUGUCGCCAGGGGCGAUCUCAGCAAGAGAAUCGGCGUCGAGGCACAAGGCGAGAUUCUGGACCUCAAGAACACUAUCAACACCAUGGUUGACCGACUCUCCACUUUCGCAUUCGAGGUGUCCAAGGUCGCAAGGGAGGUCGGAACCGACGGAACCCUCGGUGGACAGGCGCAAGUUGAGAAUCUCGAAGGCAAAUGGAAGGACCUGACCGAGAAUGUCAACGUUAUGGCAUUGAACUUGACAACUCAGGUCCGUGGUAUCUCUAGUGUCACUCAGGCUAUUGCGAAUGGAGACAUGAGCAGGAAGAUCGAUGUCGAAGCCAGGGGAGAGAUACUCAUUCUCAAGAGUACUAUCAACGACAUGGUGGACCGACUGAACAGCUUCUGCGACCAGGUGCAAAGGGUGGCAAGAGACGUGGGAAUUGACGGCAUACUCGGCGGUCAAGCAGAUGUCGAGGGCCUCAAGGGCAGAUGGAAAGAGAUUACGACGGACGUGAAUACGAUGGCCAACAACUUGACCGCUCAAGUGCGUGCAUUCGGUGACAUCACAAAUGCUGCCACGGACGGCAACUUCACCAAGAUUGUCGAAGUCGAGGCAUCCGGCGAGAUGGAUCAGCUCAAGCGGAAGAUCAACCAGAUGGUGUUCAAUCUCCGGGAUAGUAUUCAAAGAAAUACUCAAGCCAGGGAGGCGGCUGAGCUUGCGAACAAGACGAAAUCCGAGUUCCUUGCCAACAUGUCUCACGAAAUCCGGACGCCUAUGAAUGGUAUCAUCGGAAUGACACAGCUUACGCUGGAUACGGACCUGACGCAGUACCAACGAGAGAUGCUCAAUAUCGUCAACAGCCUGGCCAACAGCCUGCUCAUCAUCAUUGAUGACAUUCUCGAUUUGUCCAAGAUCGAGGCUCGGAGGAUGGUGAUCGAGGAGAUUCCGUAUACUCUGCGGGGCACCGUCUUCAAUGCGCUCAAGACGCUGGCAGUCAAGGCCACCGAGAAGAACCUUGAGUUGACGUAUCAGGUGGACAGUACUGUCCCAGAUCACGUCGUUGGUGAUUCCUUCAGGUUGAGGCAGAUCAUUCUCAACCUGGUCGGAAAUGCCAUCAAGUUCACGGAGAACGGAAAGGUCAGCCUGCAGAUCAAGAAAUCGGAACUGCGUGUCAAGAGAGACGAGUACGCCAUCGAGUUUGUGGUCAGCGACACAGGUAUCGGAAUACCCGAAGACAAGCUUGACUUGAUUUUCGACACGUUCCAGCAAGCCGACGGCUCUAUGACCCGUAAAUUUGGUGGUACAGGUCUGGGUCUCUCCAUCUCGAAGAGGCUGGUCAACCUGAUGGGCGGCGACAUACGCGUGGAGAGCUCACUCGGCAGUGGCAGCUCGUUCUACUUCACGUGCGUUGUCCGAUCUGCCGACGAUGACAUCUCGCAGAUCGCCAAGGCGCUGCACCCGUAUAGGGGCCACCAGGUCCUGUUUAUCGACAAGGGCAACACUGGCACAGGCUCUUCCAUCACCCCGAUGCUUCGUGGGCUGAGCCUGAUGCCUUUUGUCGUCAGCUCUGAGCGCAACCCGAUCCUUACUGAGCAGCGCGAGAAGGGCAAAUGCCCUUACGACGUGAUCAUCGUCGACGACCUCGACACCGCUCGGAGAUUACGAUCCAUCGAUGAUUUCAAAUACCUCCCGAUCGUUCUGCUCGCCCCAGUGGUGCACGUCAACCUCAAAUCUUGCCUUGACCUGGGCAUUACGUCGUACAUGACGACGCCAUGCAAGCUCAUUGACCUCGGGAACGGAAUGAUUCCUGCCCUCGAGAAUAGGGCCGCGCCAUCACUCACCGACAACACCAAGUCGUUCGAGAUCUUGUUGGCAGAGGACAAUGCCGUGAACCAGAAGUUGGCUGUCAAGAUUCUGGAGAAAUACCACCACGUUGUGACUGUGGUAUCUAACGGUCAGGAGGCUGUGGAGAUGGUCAAGAACAGGCGGUUCGACGUCAUCCUCAUGGAUGUGCAGAUGCCGGUCAUGGGAGGCUUCGAAGCCACUGGCAAGAUCCGAGAAUAUGAACGUAGUCUCGGCACGCAAAGGACACCCAUCAUCGCUCUUACGGCACAUGCCAUGAUGGGCGAUCGCGAACGGUGUAUGCAGGCUCAGAUGGACGAAUAUCUGUCCAAGCCCCUCCAACAGAAUCACUUGAUUCAGACAAUUCUCAAGUGCGCGACCUUGGGGAGUGCCCUGUCCACAACGACAAACCGGGACCGAGACAUCACCCGGCAGGUCGACGCAAAAGCCGUGGGUCAACGCUUCCCGACCGACCUAUCCUCGCCAUAUUUACGGCCGACAAGACCUGCUUUGCAUCUACAUGGCUCGGACAUUGUGAAGAGCAAUGUAGAUAGUCCUGCUUUGACAACAGCUGAAAAGGAGGACCCAUUGUCAAGGGCACGUACCACAAAUAGCCUCUCUGCUCCUCCUACUGGACAAAAGCGGAAGCGUUAG